GCUGCCCCGGGGCUGCCCGCCCGGCCCGCGGCGCCCCUCGGCCGGAGCCGCGGCGGCAGCGCCGGCUCCUCUCGCCGCCGAGAGCCGCUCCGCUCCGCCGGCGGCCGGUCCGAGCACAGCCCGCAGAGCUGCGGAGCACCCGCUCCUUCGCGCCGCGGCCGCGGCAGGGAGGGCCCGGGCCGGGGCAGCGCCGGGGGCGGUGUGGCCGCGGCCGUGAGGGAGCGGGGCCCGCGGGGCCGGGCCGGCGCGCCCGCAGCGGUUUAACCGAAGCCGCCGCCGCGCGCGGGGCUCUGCCCGCCGUGAGGCGGCCCGGGGGACGCGGAGCCCGGGAGGGCCGUCCCGCCCUGCCGUGAGGGACCCGCGGUAGAAACUGAAAGCCAUCUUAAACAUACCAGGUGCAGAGCACAAUACAGCAACCAUGAAUGACAUUGCACAGAAAACUGAGAUUCUGCUUUCUUCAUCUAAACCCGUCCAAAAGUCCUAUGUGCCCAAGCUUCACAAGGGUGAUGUAAAGGAUAAAUUUGAAGCUAUGCAAAAAGCAAGGGAAGAAAGAAAUCAAAGGAGAUCUAGAGAUGAAAAGCAAAGAAGAAAAGAACAAUAUGUUAGAGAGAGAGAAUGGAACAGGAGAAAGCAGGAGAUGAAAGAACUGCUUGGAUCUGAUGAAGAUGAUGACACCAAACUAUCUAAAACAGAAAAGGGUUAUGUUCCAAAGCUCAUAGGAACUGUUAAAGGCAAGUUUGCAGAAAUGGAGAAGCAAAGGCAAGAAGAAGAAAAAAAAAGAAUGGAAGAAGAAAGAAAGCGCAGAAUUGAACAAGAUAUGAUUGAGAAAAGAAAAAUUCAAAGAGAAUUGGCAAAAAAGGCACAGGAGAUUGAUGACUUUAACAAUACGGGAACUGAAUCAGCAGCUGAGGAAGGAGAUGAUUCACUGCUAGUUACAGUAGUGCCUGUAAAAAGCACCAAGACAUCUGGGAAGAUGAAAAUCAUCUCUGAGAACACAGGAAAGGAGAGAACAGAACAAAGACAGGAUGAAGAAAUGAAGCUAAAAUAUGAGGAACAAAACCAACUCCUUAAGGAACCCAAGUGCCUUUCAUUUGUCCAGGGUGAAAAUGAAAACAGUGAAACUCAAGAGUCUUUGUCUCCUGGUAAGCUUAAAGUCACAUUUGAAGAACUGGAAAGACAAAGACAGGAGAAUCAAAGGCGGCAAGCAGAGGAAGAAGCAAGGCAGCGUUUGGAAGAGGAAAAACGUGCCUUUGAAGAAGCCAGGCAGAGAAUGAUAAAUGAAGGUGGUGAUGAAGAAUCUGAAAAUGCUGUUAAAGAAUUCCGCCCUGGUAAACUCAGACUCAGUUUUGAGGAGAUAGAGAGACAGAGGAGAGAAGAGGAAAAGAGGAAAGCAGAAGAGGAUGCACGACGACGCAUAGAAGAGGAGAAAAGAGCAUUUGCUGAAGCAAGGAAGAACAUGCAGGUGCUGGAUGAUGAAUCACCAGAAAUGUUUAAAACCUUUUCUCAAGAAUCUCUCAUACCUGGUAAACUGGAAAUUAAUUUUGAGGAGCUGCUGAGACAAAAAAAGGAAGAAGAAAAGAGGCGCACAGAGGAAGAGCGCAGGCAAAAGUUGGAAAUGGAAAGGCAAGAAUUUCAACAGCUGAGACAAGAAAUGGGAGAGCUGGAAGAAGAGUCUGAAACUUUUGAGCUAAGCAAAGAGUAUGAAGAAUUGAUAAAGCUAAAAAGAAGCGGCUCUAUUCAGGCAAAGAACUUAAAAAGCAAGUUUGAAAAAAUAGGACAACUGUCUCAAGAAGAAAUACAGAAAAAGAUUGAAGAAGAGCGAGCAAAGAGAAGAGCAAUGGAUGAAGAAAUAAGAGAAAGGGAAGCUGAAAAAUUUCAAGAGGAUGAUGACGUAGAUGUGAGACCAGCCAAGAAAUCUGAGGCUCCAUUUACUCACAAAGUAAACAUGAAGGCUCGUUUUGAGCAAAUGGCAAGAGCCAGAGAAGAAGAGGAGCAGAGGAGGAUUGAGGAACAGAAAUUACUACGCAUGCAGUUUGAACAAAAAGAAAUUGAUGCAGCAUUACAGAAGAAAAGGGAAGAGGAAGAAGAAGAAGAGGGAAGCAUUAUUAAUGGUUCUACUUGUGAAGAUGAGGAUCAAGCUCGAUCUGGAGCUCCCUGGUUCAAGAAGUCACUGAAAAACACAUCAGUUGUUGAUGGCGAGCCAGUGAGAUUCACAGUUAAAAUUACUGGAGAACCAAAACCUGAAGUUACAUGGUGGUUUGAAGGGGAAAUGUUGCAGGACUCUGAGGACUAUCAAUAUAUUGAAAGAGGAGAAACCUACUGCCUUUACUUGCCAGAAACCUUCCCAGAAGACGAAGGGGAAUAUAUGUGUAAAGCAGUCAACAACAGAGGCUCAGCUGCUAGCACCUGUAUUCUCACCAUUGAAACUGAUGACUACUAAUGCUCUACUUUAGCUGGAAUCUUUCUUCCCCUCAACUUUCUUACUGCAUCAUCUCUUUCUCUGAUGGGGCCAACUAAAGAAAGCAAGGAUGUGCAUUAAUUUGUCAUUCCUGCAUCAGAUAAGAAUACACUCUUCUAAUUGUGAGAAUUCCCUGCUAAAAAUAAAAAAAAAAAAUCAAUGUAUGAAAGAUCAACUGAAGGAAAAAACUGAAUUAUCACAGUGCUCCAACAUGUGAAGACCAACUCUUGUGCAACAGAAUAAAGCUGAAUAAACAAUCUGGAACUUGUGUAGUAGUGUAAAUCUAUUGGUGUAUCCUGCAUGAACACUGAAUAUUUAAGCUGUUUUAUCUUAUCCCAGAGGCACUGAACUGGCAAAGGAAAUACUUACUGAUGAUUUUCAAGAACCCAAGUGUACUAUUUUUAAAGAAUAAAAGAUGAUGUAACUGCUCA